AUGAAGAUUGUCGUUGGAUGCGACCAUGGUGGCUUUGCCUUAAAGCAAACAGUUAUUGAUACAGUCAAGUCCCUUGGCCACGAAGUUAUUGAUGUUGGCACAAAUUCUACAGAAUCUGUUGACUAUCCAGACUUCGCUCAAGCCGCUGCUAAGGAAAUUGAGUCAGGAAACGCUCAACUGGGUGUUCUUAUCUGCGGAACUGGUAUCGGAAUUUCCAUUGCUGCUAACAAAUGCAAGGGAAUCAGAUGCGCUCUUUGCCACGAACACCUUACAGCUCAACUCUGCCGCCAGCACAACAAUGCUAACAUCGUUGCUAUGGGUGCACGUAUCAUUGGCCCAGAAACAGCUAUUGAUAUCGUCAAAACAUUCCUUACAACAGAUUUCCUCGGCGAUCGUCAUGAGCGCCGUGUUAACAAGAUCAUGGCUCUCGAGUAA